AUGUCUCAUUUCUCUACACCGUCUACAUUGCAACAAACAUCAAGAAUAAUAAAUAAUCAUAAUGAUGAACGUUCUUUUCUAAAACAAAAUUAUUCUCCAGUUCGUCAUGCAGUUCGUAAAUUUGAUAUGAUUGAAAAAUCUAAUGGUUUAUCUUCAGCAUUUCUACCUCCUCGUCCACCAGUAAUACGACCACCACCACCACGUCCUCCUAUAACUGUUCCAAUCAGAAAUAAUCAUGAAAAUGAAACUUCUACAUCAUCAAUAAAUUCAUCAAUUCAUUCAACAAAUAGUAACAAAAUAAUUAGUUCAAAACCAAUAGAACGAAUAAGAUCACGAUCACAAGAAAUAUCAACUAAGAAUUCAUCAACGAAAAUAAUUUCUCCUCGAAUAUCAAAAACAAAAAAAAAAUCAGAACCAAAAAAUCGUCCUCGAAGAGCACCACCACCAAUUCCAUCAACUACUAUCGAUUAUUCAAAAGUUAAACAAAAUGUAAACAAUGAUUCAUUUUAUGUAAAUAGUAAUAAUCAAUUUGAUCAAUAUCAACAUGAAAAUGAAGAAAAUGAUUUAUAUGAAUUACAAUAUGAAAAUGAUAUUGAAGAUUUCGGAAAAUUUAUACCUUAUACUAAACCAGUUGUUAUUUCUCAAGAACUUCCAAUAUCAUCAUCAAUACAAACUCAUAAUAAUAUUCGAACAAAAAAUGUUCAUCGACAACGAGAUGAAAAAUCAAAAAAUCAAUCAAGAAAUACUGAACUUGAAAGUGAUAGUGUUGGUUUAGAAAUACCUUCACCAAUUCCAGCAAAUCGACGAAAUCUUAUGACUCCUUAUGGAGAAGAAUAUAACCGUCGUAGUAAUUCUCAAAAUGCACCAUUUACUAUUACACAAUAUGAACGAAAUGAAAAUGAAGAACAAAAUGGAAAUAAAUUAGUUCAUUCUUCUAAUCGUCCACCUCCACUACCACCACCACUACCUCCACCAACUUCUGCUCUAGUAUAUCGUGCACAACAACGACGUGUUAUUCAUGAUGAAACACAAACAUAUACACCUAAAAGAUUCUUACCAAUUUCAAAUUUUGUGAUGGAAACUGGUGCUUUACUUGUUGUUUUUAUUCUUUGUAUGGUACUUGUUUUAGCUAUACGAGAAGAUGAAUCAAAUCUUCGAACAACUAUGCAGAUUGCUUAUAGUUAUGUUUAUCUUGUUUCUAUUGUAUGGAUGGUAUGGUGUACGUUUGAUAUAAUUAAAUUUCGUCGACAAUGGAGAGAAUUAACAGCACCUGCUCAUAGUAAUGAAGAAUAUAUGGAUAUAACUGAACGUCAUACACAUAAAAUGUUUUAUUUUCCUGAUAUUCAUAAUACUGGUGGAUUAUUUAUGAGAAUUGGUGCCGGAUUAUUUUGUAUGGGUACUCUAAUUUUAACUGUGAUUGAAUUAGCAAAAACAAUUGCAACAGGAAGUUCUCCAAACACUCGUUCUUCACCAGUCGUUUCAUAUCCUUCAUCAGUUGUAGUAACAAAAUCAAUGACUUAUGUACUUCGAUUUUUUUUUCAUUGUGUACAAUUUACAUUUUUAUUUCGAUAUGGAAAUAUUGUAAUUAAUCGUUAUCGUUAUAUAGCUAAAAUAGGUCUUAUUCAUUUAAUAAUUGCUAAUUUUUGUACAUGGUUUGAAGUUACAUGGAUAGAUGAUAAUAUUACUAAUAAUAGUUUGACGAAUAUUAUUAAAGAAAUGUCUGCUACUACUCAAAGUGGAACCGGUCUAAACAGAAAUACACUUGAUAUUAUAAAACGAAUUGAAUCAGCUGUAAAUGUUUAUUUAUAUCCAUGUUUAAUAGAAUAUAGUCUUAUAUCAUUAACUAUAUUCUUUCUUAUGUGGAGAAAUGUUGGUAAAACUCGAGAACCAUCAUUUUUACGUUUUGGUGAUCGUCAUAUAUUUACAGUUAAUUGUGCACGUGCAUCACGUGGUUUACUUAUUGGUGGUAUUAUACUUUUAUUAACAAUUUUAACACUUAUACCAACAUAUCUACUUGAUAAUGAUGCAAUAACAGUAACACAUAUAACUGAACUUGUUCUACUUAUUGUUUCAUUAUUUAUUGUUUGUAUGUCAUUUAUGCAUACAACAAAACUUUAUCAUAAUCCAAAUGGACAUGUUGAUGCAUUUGAUCGUGUAUUAAUAUUAAUAACAACAUUUGGUGAUUUUGCAUAUUCAUUUUUUGGAUUAUUUGCAUCAAUAUUUGUUGUUCGACCUAAAAAUGAAUUACCAAUUGGUAUUGAAAUAUCAAUUGGAUUUUUAGCUAUACUUCAAACAUUUUUACAAACAGGUUUUAUUUUGGAUACAUUAAAAAGACAUGUAAAAACAAAAAUUGAAAUUAGAAAUAAACCAGGACGAGAAACAAUUACAGCUUUAUUAUUAAUAAAUCUUGCUAUUUGGUUACAUGAUUCAUUAUCGGCAAAAAAAGUAAGAUUAAAUCCCAUACAAGUAGAAUAUUAUGAUGCUGGUACAUGGGCUAUUAUUCAAGCAUUUACAUCACCAUUAUCAAUAUUUUAUCGUUUUCAUUCAAGUGUAUGUCUUGCUGAUAUUUGGCAAGAAGUUUAUAAUGAUAAUGGAAAUAAUGAUGGAAGAAGAUCGAUAGGACAAUAUGAAAGACAACGUUCAUUGAAUAUGAAUGAUAUUCAAGAUUCUGAACAUUAA